GUGAUACAACAUAUUAUUACUCUAUAUUCACAAUUCACUUUAAAUCCUUGAAAUAUGGAAGACCAGAAAUAGAACCAGCCUCCCGGGCUGGUGCUAGAAAUUUAGAAUCAGGUUUUAACAAUGACGUCAUUUUUAUGAACAGAAUAAAUUUGGAUAUAAAUUGGUCGCUUUCGAAUUAGAAGCGCCACAAUAAAAUGCUUGUAGACUGACACAUUCUGCCGUACUUGACAGAAGAUUGACAACCAAAUAGAUACCUGUUCGAAUAUUUAGCUCUCCCAUAAUGGAACAUCAACGUGAACCUGAACAUCGACAGGAACAUCAUCAUCAUCACCACCACCACCGUCACCACGAAUCUUAUCAGCACACCCACACAUUCAAACGGCAACUUCGUGAUACCGGUACCGUAGGUCCAGUUUAUGCUGCCUCUAUGGCUGUAUGCGUAGGAGCGACCGCUUCUGGAACGGCGCUGUCCUGGACCUCCAACUUGACCAGCGACUGGCGCACCGGGGACUUGAACGACAUCAUCAUCGAUAAGGAUCAGAUGAAGUGGAUCAGCCAGUUUCAGAGUCUAGGAGGCAUGGUAUCCUGCAUACCAACAGGACUCCUAAACGACUACAUCGGCCGAAAACCGACAUUGAUGGUAGCGACUAUACCGUUCUACAUAGGCUGGGCCUCGAUGGUAUACGGACAGCACAUAACGUUCCUGUACAUCGGAAGAUUCUUCUGUGGCGUCGGGUCUGGAAUGUUUAACGUCACUUGUCCACUAUAUGUAGCUGAAAUAUCACCUGUCGCAGUCAGGGGACGAACCACCACUUCAUUUUUUGUAUUUUACGGUUUCGGAAUGCUCUACGCUAACUUUUUUGGAUACGUACUCCCGAUAAAGCUGUUCAUCUUUGCCUGUGCAGCAAUCCCGUUCAUGUUCAAUUCGAUGUUCUUCUUCCAACCGAAGUCGCCAGUUCACAACAUCCAGAUGGGAAAGAUUCAGGAAAGCCAGGAAGUGCUGCGUAAGCUAAGAGGCUCAAGGUACGACUUAUGGCCUGAAAUCCGAACGAUCCAGCUGGAACUAUCCAGAGGGUACUACAGAAAUCACUUUUGGGAUAUGUUCAAGGAGAAGGCAGUCCGCAAAGCAUGUUACAUGGGUCUCAGCCUAGUGGCUUUGAAGCAACUUUCUGGGGUCACCAGAUCCCAUUUUUACACCAAGGAAAUCGUUUCUGGUGUAGAAUGGAUCGACAAGUACUGGGGUGCCUGCAUCACAGGUGUUGCACAGUUACUUUUCGCACUAAUUCCCGUACUGGUGUGUGACAAAGUGGGACGAAAGUUUCUUUUAUUUGUGUCGUUCUCCACCAUGGCACUGUCAGCAGCCGCUCUUGGAGUAUAUUAUACCCUGAAAGAACGGGAAGUAAUUACUAAAGAGCAAUUGGCUACGAUAUCGUGGGCACCAGUAGUGGCUUUGGCCUUGUAUUUAGGCGGAUAUUCUGUAGGCGUCGCUUCUAUCUCUUACUCUUACCCAGUAGAGAUAUUACCAGCUGAUAUAAGAGCUAGACUAAACAGUGGUUUCGUAGCUUUCAACUACUUCAAUGCUUUCUUUUGUACUACAUUUUAUAAAGUGGUACAAGCUAGAUUCGGCAACGAUACAGUAUUCUAUAUAUGUGGUUUAUGGGCUAGUUUAGGAGCAUUACUUUCUGUAUUUUGGUAUCCAGAAACCAAAAAUAAAACUUCGUACGAGGUGUUUGCCCAAAUGGAAGGCAGGGAUGUGAGUCAUGACAUCAAAUCGAAGCGGAAGAUAGUGAUGCAUAAUGUACCGGCAGAAGAGAAAGGCUAUGAGAAAGAAACGUUUCCUAACUGAAAUGCCUUGUUUUUUACCCUAUAGCUUUGUUGUAACUUCAAAAUAAUUACAUUCAUUGUUUACCCUACUAAUUUAAUAUGGUUUUAUUAGUUUACUAGCCAGAAUAAAGCAGACAAGUAUGCUCCACGCAGAGUUUAACGUAUAUAUUAUCAGAAAGUAUAUAUUGCGGUACCUUCGUGUAAAAGUUACCUUGCUGGACCUGAAUUGUGUGACUCACUAAAGC